GGGAGGCCAAGAUGGCGUCGGCGUCGGUCUUCCCCGGCGUGCGGCUCCUGACCAUCGGCGACGCCAACGGCGAGAUCCAGCGGCACCAGGAGCAGCAAGCGCUGCGGCUCGAGGCCCGCACUGGGCCGGACGCCGCCUGCCUCGCCCUCUACAGCCAAGAUGAUGUUUGUGUGUUCAAGUGUUCCGUAUCGAAGGAGACAGAAUGCAGCCGAGUGGGCAAACAAUCCUUCAUCAUUACGCUGGGAUGUAAUAGUGUCCUUAUACAGUUUGCAACGCCAAGUGACUUCUGCUCGUUUUAUAAUAUCUUGAAAAACUGCCGGGGCCACAACAUGGAACAGUCAGUGUUCAGUGAGCGCACAGAAGAAUCAUCUGCAGUGCAAUACUUCCAGUUUUAUGGAUACUUGUCCCAACAGCAAAAUAUGAUGCAAGAUUAUGUCAGAACAGGCACAUACCAGAGAGCAAUCCUGCAGAACCACAGUGACUUUAAAGAUAAGAUUGUAUUAGAUGUUGGCUGUGGUUCCGGCAUCCUGUCGUUUUUUGCAGCGCAGGCUGGAGCAAGAAAAAUCUAUGCAGUGGAAGCCAGUACGAUGGCUCAGCAUGCAGAGGUUUUAGUGAAGAGUAACAACCUGACUGACCGGAUCGUGGUCAUUCCUGGGAAAGUAGAGGAGGUCUCACUUCCGGAGCAGGUGGACAUCAUUAUCUCUGAGCCAAUGGGUUAUAUGCUUUUCAAUGAACGUAUGCUGGAGAGUUAUCUGCAUGCCAAGAAGUAUUUAAAGCCCAGUGGAAAUAUGUUUCCAACAAUUGGAGAUGUCCACCUGGCACCAUUCACAGAUGAGCAGCUCUACAUGGAACAGUUCACAAAAGCUAACUUUUGGUAUCAGCCAUCCUUCCAUGGGGUAGAUUUGUCAGCACUUCGUGGUGCAGCGGUAGAUGAAUAUUUCAGACAGCCUGUUGUGGACACGUUUGAUAUUAGGAUUCUAAUGGCCAAAUCUGUGAAAUACACAGUGAACUUCUUAGACGCCAAAGAAGCAGAUUUGCACAGGAUAGAAAUCCCGUUCAAAUUCCACAUGCUGCAUUCAGGUCUAGUCCAUGGGUUGGCUUUCUGGUUCGAUGUAGCCUUCAUUGGUUCAAUAAUGACCGUUUGGCUUUCGACUGCUCCCACAGAGCCUCUCACCCACUGGUACCAAGUCCGGUGCCUCUUUCAGUCUCCACUUUUCGCAAAGGCUGGUGACACCCUCUCAGGGACAUGCCUGCUCAUUGCCAACAAGAGGCAGAGUUAUGACAUCAGUAUUGUUGCUCAAGUGGAUCAGACAGGCUCCAAGUCCAGCAACUUACUUGACCUGAAAAACCCAUUUUUCAGGUACACAGGUACAACUCCUUCACCCCCGCCGGGCUCGCACUACACAUCUCCUUCAGAGAACAUGUGGAACACAGGUGGCGCCUACAACAUGAGCACAGGAAUGGCUGUUGCUGGGAUGCCCACAGCCUAUGAUCUCAGCAGCGUGAUUGCUGGUGGCACCAAUGUUGGCCACAACAACCUUAUUCCUCUAGCAGCCAACACUGGGAUUGUCAAUCACACCCAUUCCAGGAUGGGAUCUAUCAUGAGCACAGGGAUUGUCCAAGGCUCGUCUAGUGGUCAGAGCGGAGGAACAUCAAGUGCGCACUACCCCGUCAACAGUCAGUUCACCAUGGGAGGGCCAGCCAUUUCCAUGGCAUCCCCCAUGUCCAUCACCACCAACACAAUGCAUUAUGGGAGCUAAGAGGCCCUCACCCCUGAACCUCUGAACUGACAGCACCAGGAAACCAAAUGAAGAAAAAAAAUGCCUCCCUGCCCAUUUGCCUGCUGCACCUCAACAGUUCGGCAAUCACUUCUCUGGAUCUCCUCUCCUGCCCCCUCCCCGUAGCCCCACCAGAGAUGUUCAGACCCUUGUACGAUAGGAGGCAACCCCAUUGGUUCUUUGAUAGCGGACGCCUACACUUUUUUUAAUGAAAUGUUGGACACUUCAACGUGCUCAACUAUGACUGAGUUCCUGUGCUCACUGUGUCUUACAACCAAUCAUGUCGCUAAUGGUAUCCCUCUUCAAUCUUCCAUGACUGAUCGGCAUUAGGCACAGGCUGUAGAGCAGAACUGCAACAGGGCUUCUAGCAUGCUCUGGGCAGCCAGCAGCGGUAACCGGAACCUUCAUCCCUGCUCCCAGUAUUUUAAACGAACGGGCUGCAGCUGGCUGUAGAAUGGGCACAGAUGAAAACCCAGCAGCACAUCCUUCAUAUCCAUGUUGAUUUCUCACCCAUCUCAGCCUCUGGGUUUGUGUUUGUUGCUUUGCCAAGACCAAGAGGUGACUCGCUCCUCCUGGCAGGGAAAGGCAAAGCCCAGCCUCUCCUGGCUGCAUGGCGAGUGCCAGCAUCUUAACUGCUGUAGGUCUUGGGCCUUUGGAAGAACAUCGGAGGCGAACGAACUGUUGUGCCACAAGCAUCUUAUCAGCAGGUCUGAUGAUUGCCUGUCUCUCGGGAAAUCUUGAUGUAACAUCAAAGGGUUUAAAAAAAGAAUUUUAAACAUGAAUGUACCAAAAAACAAACAACAAAAAAAAGGUUGCUGGCUGAAAGUGAACAGUUUGUGUAUCAGUUUUCCUGUUGCUCAUCCGGAGGGCUAUGCCCAGGGACGGCGCCGUUCUCGGCUCUUUGUUCUCUAGGCUGUUGCAGCUGCUCUGUCUAGUCGCUCUUUCCUCACCUGGGCAGGCAGUGGGUACUAGGUGCCAAGUGGCUUCGUAUGUAGACUUGCCUGCUCCCUGUAGUAGCCACCAGGGACUCUAUAGAGUAGAUGGUUCUGGCCUCUGAUAUAGAACCCCCUUUGUAGUAUUUGUAUGUGUAACCUGUAACCUUUUAUGGCAUUUCUUUCCUUCCCCCCCCCCCCCCUUUUUCUUUUUGAAGAGCCACUAGCUGGUAUUUUUGAAAGGACUUGGCAGGGACCCAUUUUAUGGCGAAAAAGUGUGUUUUACUUAGGCGGGGUUUUUUUUUUGCUCCCAACAUGGACUUGCUGGGCUGAAUUGGGGGGUGGGGGGAGGGAGGGGCAUUGUGGAGAAGCUCCAUAGUGACUGAAUUGUGGGGACAACACAUAGCCGAUUGUUAGGUCUGGCUGAUCAAUGACUUUGUGACUAUUGAAUAAAACUGGGAGGGUUUUGAA